GCUAGAACCCGGCCAAUCGAUACUAUCGAGUGUGUCGGCCAGCACUAAUAUCAAAAGAAAACACAGAACGUACACAAUUGCGAGCAAUUUUGCAGCUACUCAGUGCCACGACGAUCCGAUUAGGCUAAUCCAUCGGGCGCCGCGCUAGUCCCUUCUCCUCCUCCUCCUUCGCCGCCGCUGACGCGUCCACGUCCGCGCCCGAGUUCUUAAUUGGAGUCAGCCGAACGAGCGGCCAGCAGCUUGAAAUUAGCGAAGCAGCAACCGCCCCCCCUCCCUAAAUAAUUUGAGUGCGUUCCUCCGCCCCGCUGGAGUGGAGAGGAGUGGAGUGCCCCCGACCCCGGCCACGACCAUGUCAGUGGAUCGCCUCAGUUGUCGCAGGCCAGAUCGGAGUUAAGCUUGACUUGUCGGUCGCCUUGCAUUCCAGCCUCCCUCCUUCCGUCCAGAGCCCAGCAUCUAACACAGCUGCUGCAGCUGUCCUACAGUUGUUCCUAUCGGCUCUCAGGCUUCCGAUUCCAGAGUCCUGCGGCGCUCACCGCGUGACACCACCGCCGCCAUGCUGCUGGUGCGGCAGCUGUUUGGGGCCUCGGCCAAUUCGUGGGCCCGAGCCCUCAUCAUCUUCGUUCUGGCCUGGGUGGCGCUGGUCUAUGUGUUUGUGGUGAAGCUGACCAGCACCCAGGGUCAGCAGGCGGCCGGCGAGAGUGAGCUGAAUGCCCGGCGCAUCUCACAGGCGCUACAGCUGCUGGAGCAUACGCGUCAACGCAACGAGGAGCUCAAGCAGCUAAUCGACGAGCUGAUGAGUGACCAACUGGACAAGCAGAGCGCUUUGAAACUGGUGCAGAGGCUGGAAAACGAUGCCCUCAACCCGAAGAUGGCGGCGGAUGUUGUUGGUCCGGAGCCAGAGGCAAUGUUCGAAUCGGCGCCCGCCGAUCUUCGCGGUUGGAAUAAUGUGGCCGAGGCUGUGGCAGCUGGCAACGAUCUAAUGGAGGCUGAUCACGGCGAGUUUGGCGGCGGCGGCGGUGAGCCCAGCCUGGAGUAUGAGUUCACGCGCCGGCGCAUCCAGACAAACAUUGGCGAGAUCUGGAACUUCUUUAGCAGCGAGCUGGGCAAGGUGCGCAAGGCGGUAGCCGGCGGUCAUGCCAACUCCGCCGAUCUGGAGGAGUCCAUCAAUCAGGUGCUGCUGCAGGGAGCCGAGCACAAGCGCUCGCUGCUGAGCGAUAUGGAGCGGCUGCGUCAGUCCGAUGGCUACGAGGCCUGGCGCCACAAGGAGGCGCGCGACCUGAGUGAUCUGGUGCAGCGACGCUUGCAUCAUCUCCAAAAUCCCAGUGACUGCCAGAAUGCCCGGAAGCUGGUCUGCAAGCUGAACAAGGGCUGUGGCUACGGCUGUCAGCUGCACCAUGUGGUCUACUGCUUCAUUGUGGCCUAUGCCACCGAGCGCACGCUUAUCCUGAAGUCGCGCGGCUGGCGGUACCACAAGGGCGGCUGGGAGGAGGUUUUCCAGCCGGUGUCCAACAGUUGCCACGACGCCGGCACUGCCAACACAUACAAUUGGCCUGGUAAGCCCAAUACCCAGGUGCUGGUGCUGCCCAUUAUUGACUCGUUGAUGCCGAGACCUCCGUACCUGCCGCUCGCCGUUCCCGAGGAUCUGGCGCCGCGCCUCAAGCGUCUCCAUGGUGAUCCUAUCGUCUGGUGGGUGGGCCAGUUUCUUAAGUAUUUGCUGCGGCCACAGGCCCCGACGCGGGAUUUUCUCGUCGCGGGAAUGCGCAACCUGGGCUGGGAGCGUCCCAUUGUGGGGGUCCAUGUGCGUCGCACGGACAAAGUGGGCACGGAGGCGGCCUGCCACAGCGUGGAGGAGUAUAUGACCCACGUGGAGGACUACUAUCGCACGCUGGAAGUAAACGGCAGCAGCGUGGUGCGGCGCAUCUUCCUCGCCUCGGACGACGCGCAGGUUAUUGAAGAGGCGCGCCGAAAGUAUCCGCAAUAUCAUAUCAUCGGUGAUCCGGAGGUGGCGCGCAUGGCGUCCGUGUCUACGCGGUACACGGACACGGCCCUGAAUGGCAUCAUUCUGGACAUCCAUAUGCUCUCGAUGUCCGACCAUCUCGUGUGCACGUUCUCCUCGCAGGUCUGCCGUGUCGCCUACGAGAUUAUGCAGACGCUGUACCCGGAUGCGGCGUACCGCUUUAAGUCGCUGGACGACAUCUACUAUUAUGGCGGCCAGAAUGCGCACAAUCGCCGCGUCGUUAUUGCGCACAAACCGCGCACGCACGAGGACCUGCAGCUGCGGGUCGGCGACCUCGUCUCGGUGGCGGGAAACCAUUGGGAUGGCAAUUCCAAGGGCAAGAACACCCGCACCAAUCAGGGUGGCCUGUUCCCCUCGUUCAAGGUGGAGGAGAAGGUGGACACCGCCAAGCUGCCGCUCUAUCCGGGCGUUUAGUCGUUGCCAGACCGCCAUCUUGUUGGUUGAUCAAAUCUGUGAAUCUCUUCUGCCGCAUUCCACCCGGAGUCAUACCUGGUGCCCUUCGGUUGGACUCGAAUUCGGAGACGCCGUCUCCAGAAUCUCAACUAGAUAUCUCGCUCUCUCUUCAGCUCGCUCUCUUUGUGUUGUCCACAAAUUUUCGACUUUUUGUGAGUGUCACUUCUUUGUAUUUUGUAUUUUGUAUUUCGUAUAUCAUAUUUCGUAUUUUUCUGUGUAUUUUACUGUCUGGCCUCUGAUCUGGCCGUUUUUGUACAAGUCUUUUUAUUAAUUAGUAAGUUGAAAGCCGAAGAAAUUAUGUUGACAAGAAUAUACAUAAAUAUAUAUAUAUAUAUAUAUAUAUAUAUAUAAAUAAAUUAUAUAUAGGAGUGCAUGUAGGUUCACUAAGCGCAAUAUAGUCUAUCAUCACCUGUAAAAUAGUUGAAAAGGAAACGAUGAACGCAAAAAAUAAAAGGAUUGGAAAACCCAAAUCCGAUUUAACUCAAGCGUCAAUAGCAAAAAUGAUUAAAAAAUAAAAAUAGUAAUGUUUUAAAAGGAAAA